CGCUCAAAAAUCUUUAAAAUAUUAAAGGACCAGCUGGGCAGACACAACAGGCGAGUAACACAUCUCAAGCAAGAACAUCGUUAUACGGCUUAGGCGGGACUGGUAAAACGCAAAUCGCAUUAGAAUAUGCAUGGGUAGAAGGGAACGAAAGAAAGAGGAAAAGUAUUUCUCGGUCGCAGCACUUGAGAUUAUAUCCAGUCUCUUCCCGGUCAGCGGACCAGAGGUAUGGGACGAAUGCGAGAAGUACAUCACACACGCACAACAGGCGUGUGAGUGGGCUACGCUCUGUGGAAGAGAGUUAACGGCCGCGAACUUAUUAGCAAAACUUUCGGAUUAUUUAUACGAUCGUGGAAGAUGGAGAGAGAGGGAGAUUGCAGACCAAAGAGCAUAUGGACUACGAAAGACCGCCUUGGGCGACAAGCAUCCUGAUACAAUCGAGAGUAUGGCAAGACUUGCAGCGACAUAUCAUGCACUCGGCAGGUAUAAAGAGGAUGAGAGGAUAUCAGUGGAAGUGCUUGCACUACGGCGGGAGAUUCUUGGCGAUAAGCAUCCUAAUACAAUCGAGAGUAUGGCAGAUCUUGCAGCGACAUAUCGCGCGCUAGGGAGGGAUGAAGAUGCAGACAAGUUAGCUUAGAGUUAAAGUUAAGGUUAAGCUAGGUGCGUCAUUCUCGCGCUGUCAGGAUCUCUGUGCUCUGAAAUUAUAGAAAAAGCCAGUUGUUAGGAAUCAGGAGAAGAUGCUGUAAAAGCAUUGAUGAAAUGAAAUACGCAAAUAUAUUGCUCGUGAUUUAAGUAUAA